AUGAAUGAAAAAGAAAUAACGCUUUCAUUAUGGGAUUUUAAACAAUGUGAUUCAAAAAAAUGCACAGGCAGAAAAUUGUUACGUUUUGGCUUAGUUAAAAAUAUUAAACUUAGAUCCCAUUUUUCUGGUAUUCUUUUAAGUCCUUAUGCAUCAAAAUACCUAUCUUCUGCUGAUUUAAAUAUAAUAGAGAAACAUGGAAUUGGUGCUGUUGAUUGUUCCUGGAAUAGAAUUGAAAAGCAAGAAUUUAUAUAUUUUAACCAAAUGUUAUCACGAAAAUUGCCCUUUUUAACAGCAGUUAACCCUGUUAAUUAUGGUAAACCCUUUAAACUCUCUUGUGUAGAAGCCUUUGCUGCAUCUUUAUAUAUUACUGGGUUUUCAAAUUCUGCAACAACAAUUCUUGAAAAGUUUAAAUGGGGAUCAAAUUUUAAUAAAAUCAAUAAGCAACUUUUGAAGAAAUAUUCAAAAUGUGAAAAUAGUGUAGACAUAGAAAAUUUUCAAAAUAAAUUUAUAUCUUUCACCCAACAAGAUGGAGUUGAAGGCUAUACAGUAAAGGAUAUUAAUUAUUUGCGAGAUUUAGAAAAGAGUUCAGACUCUCAUGACACUGACAGUGAUGAGAAUUCAUGCCCUGAAAGUUUUAACCCAAAUCAUAAUUCAAGCUAUGAAAAUCAUCUGUACCCACCUUCAUAUUCAAGUUCUGAGCCUGAUUAACAUAUUAUUUGUAUAUUUACUGAUUUAUAUAUUAUUAAAAAAUAUAUGCAAUAUGAGCAUAAUAAUAUGUUAUAAAUUAUUUAAAUUAACUUAUAGCAGUUUUAGGAUAGCC